AUGUGGGCUGCCGCCGGCGCUGCUGCCCUGCUCCGGGCCCUGCUGCUCCUUGGGGGGCCGUGCUCGGCCCCCGCCCUGGGGCUCCUCUGGGACCCUCCCGCCGUGUACGAGGGACCCCCCGGCAGCUAUUUCGGCUUCGCCCUGGAUUUCCACACGACCGAGGGCAGGCCCAGCGUGGUGGUGGGGGCACCUCGCGCCAACACCUCCCAGCCCGGUGUGGCUCAGCCCGGCGCCGUCUUCCUCUGCUCCUGGCCCCCCGGCGAGACUCCCUGCCACCCCCUCCCCAUCGACACUGAGGGGGACGAGACCGAGACCCAAAACACCUUGAAGCUCCACACCUACAAGUCGCACCAGUGGCUGGGGGCGUCCGUCACCAGCUGGGAUGGCAAACUGGUGGCCUGCGCCCCACUGCAGCACUGGAACGUGAUGGACUGGCCGCAUGAGGCUUUCCGCACCCCGACGGGCACCUGCUUCGUGGGUGCCCCUGGGCUGCGGCGCAUCGCCUGGUACUCGCCCUGCCGCGACCAGCUCAUGGCCAGCGCCUACCGCGAGCGCUACUACGUCCAUGACAAGCGCUACUGCGAGAUCGGCUUCAGCGCGGCCGUCACCCCGGAUGGCAUGCUGGUGCUGGGUGCCCCCGGCGGGUACUACUUCACGGGGCUCCUGUACUUCGUGGAGGUGGACACCAUCCUCAACCGCUUCGAUGGCAAGUCCCUGCUGUGGUGGGGGUACCCGGGGCGCCCCACGGGGGAGCUGGCAUCCACGGACUAUGAGGACGGGUACCAGGGGUACUCAGUGGCUGUGGGCGAGUUCGAUGACGAUCCCAAAACCAAAGAUGUGGCCGUGGGUGCCCCGUUGGGGGGUGACAGUGGCAGCGGGCAGGUCUUCAUCUUCCGCGGGCAGAGCGAGGGUUUGAUGCCGAUGCCCACCCAAUGCCUCGACAGCCCCUUCCCCGGCCCAGCCGCCUUCGGCUUCGCCCUGCGCGGUGCCACUGACCUGGAUGGCAAUGGUUACCCAGAUCUGCUGGUGGGGGCUUACGGGGCGGCCAAGGUGGCCGUGUACCGGGGACAGCCCGUGGUGGUGGCCCGGACCCAGCUGAGUGUCCCUGAUGGGCUGAACCCCAAGAUCCUGGCAUGUGUCCUGCCCGGCUCCGGCGCCCAUGUCAGCUGCUUCCCCGUGGUGCUGUGCGUCAGCGUGAUGGGCCAGCGCAUCCCCCAGAGCAUCCGCCUCGACGCCGAGCUGCAGCUGGACCGGCUGAAGCCCAAGCUUUCCCGGAGGGUCAUGCUGCUGCAGGGCCACCAGUCGUCCUGGCACAGGGCGCUGGCACUGGCCCCGGGGACACCCCCCCUGUGCCACAACCUCACCGCCUACCUGCAGGACGAGGCCGACUUCAAGGACAAGCUGAGCCCGGUUGCCCUGAGCCUGAGCCUGGCGCUGCCCGGGGGGGGCCUGGGGCUGGUGCUCUACGGGGACACCCUGGUGCAGGCGCAGGGGCAGGAGAAGCUGAACUGCAAUCCCAGGAAGGAGAACGGGAGCCACGUGGUGCUCUGCGAGCUGGGCAACCCCAUGAAAGCGGGUGCACGGAUCACCGUGGACAUGGAGCUGAGUGUGUCCGGGCUGGAGGACAUGGGCGAUGCCAUCACCUUCCAGCUCCAGCUGCGGAGCAACUCCCUGCCUGCCACCACGGUGCUGCCUGUGAGCUGGCACAGGGUGGAGGGCAGCCGGCGACUUGAGGACCACGGCAUCAUGGUGGAGCACGUCUACCAGCUCCACAACAAGGGUCCCAGCACCGUCAGUGGGGUAACCCUGCGCCUCGCCGUCCCCAACCAGCUGGGUGGCCACAUCCUGCUCUACCUGCUGGAGCUGGCCACCGAAGGGGGCAUGAACUGCACCAACCCGCCCGGCCUCAAUGCCAAGCAGGACUGCAGCAAUGCCACGUGCGUGGGCAUCGCCUGCCGGGUGCCCAGCCUGGCCAAGGACCAGCGGGCGCUGGUGAGCGUCCGUGCCCUGCUCUGGAUGGACACCCUGCAGCAGCGGGAGCACCUCCUGAAGCAGUUCCUCAUCGAGUCGCGAGCCUGGUUCAACACCUCGGCCAUGCCCUACCGUGUCCGGCCCCGCGUCCUGCCUGCCGGGGAGGCCAUGGCUGUCACCAAGGUGGUGCGUGCCAGCCUCAGGGGAGAGGGAGCCGUGCCGGUGUGGUGGGUGGUGCUGGGGGUCCUCGCCGGGCUCCUGCUCCUCACCCUCCUCAUCCUCCUCAUGUGGAAGACGGGUUUCUUCAAGAGGACACGGCCACCCACGGAGGACACGACGGAGCUGGCACCCGGCCAGGCCCAGGAGCCGGGGGGUGCCCACGGCUAGCGGGGUACCCCGGGGUCCCCUGCACCCCCGCCUCACGGCAUGUCCCCUGGCCCAGCCCCCAUGUCCCCGGCACCCCUGGGUGCCCAUGGGACACAGCACCCACGUCCCGUCCUC